CUGUGUCGCUUCCUGAUGAGUACCGACAUCUCCAUUAAUGAAACAAGUUACUCAUGAGGUAACCCCACGACAGAGAGGGGAUGGUUCCGAUGGUAGGCAACAGGCUAUUAAGUGACAAGUCCUUCCUAGAACUAUGCUCAUCAAGUUACCCCGCUCUUUACUUCUGCCACUAGUACCAUGUUGACACUCACCAACGUUACUUGGCUGGACCUAUGUUUGGCUGGUGCCGGAGUGUAUUUGGUGAAGCAGGUAUUCUCCAAGAAGAAUCCUGCGCCAUACCCCCCUGGUCCUCCGGGGCGACCUCUCGUUGGGAACCUCCUAGACAUGCCUCAGGUCAGGCCCUGGCUCACCCUCGCUCAGUGGGGCAAGACGUAUGGUGAUCUUUCCCAUGUCGAGGUUCUAGGUCAGCAUAUCAUAGUGCUCAACUCUGUCAAGGCGGCGAUGGAAAUGCUAGACAAAAAGAGUUCCUUGUACUCUGACCGUCCUAUUCUUCCUAUGGGUGGCGAACUUUGUGGCUGGAAGAACUCCCUAGCUCUUCUGCCUUACGGCGACCGUUUGCGCGAGUACCGCAAGAAUUUCCACCGCGUCAUUGGAACUCGCGCCGCCAUAGAUAUCUACCACCCUAUCGAGGAGAUUGAGACCCACCGAUUCCUGAAGCGUGUGCUAGCGAAACCUGACCAACUACAAGCACAUGUUCGACACACCGCUGGCGCAAUCAUUCUGCGCAUCUCUCAUGGUUAUGAAGUAAAUGAGACAAACGAUCCUUUCGUAGACCUUGCAGACCGCGCUGUCGACCAGUUCUCGCAGUGUGUUGUUCCUGGUGCUUUCAUGGUUGAUAUUAUGCCAUUCUUGGCCAAGGUCCCUCAGUGGUUCCCAGGUGCUGGCUUCAAACGCACAGCUCGUGAAUGGCACGAGACCCUGGAGGAGAUGGUUACUGCACCUUACAAUUUCGUCAAGGAUCAGAUAGCUGCUGGAAUUGCCCCUAAGUCCUUCACCUCAAACCUGUUGGAGGGCCGUACUUUGUCUGCGGAAGAGGAUCACAACGUCAAAUGGUCUGCUGCAUCUCUAUACGCAGGUGGUGCCGACACGACUGUUUCUGCAAUAUACUCGAUUUUCCUGGCUAUGACACUUUUUCCUGAUGUGCAGAAGACUGCUCAGGCUGAAAUCGAUGCUGUGGUUGGUACUGAUCGCCUUCCUUCCUUCGCCGACCGCCACUCCCUCCCCUACACUGAGGCACUUGUCAAGGAAGUCCUCCGCUGGAAUGUUGUUGGUCCUACCGGCAUUGCCCACCGUCUAAUUGAGGACGACAUACAUGACGGGUACUACAUCCCGAAAGGCUCCUUGAUAAUACCAAACAUUUGGUACAUGCUCAACGAUCCACAGACAUAUGCCGACCCCUCGGAAUUCAAUCCUGAACGUUUCUUAGCCAAGGAUGGCAAGGAGGCUGAGACCGACCCUCGCACGGUCGUCUUCGGCUUUGGUAGACGUAUUUGCCCAGGUCUACACCUCGCUGAUGCGUCCGUGUGGAUAUCCACCGCGAUGUCGCUCGCCGUCUUUAAUAUUUCCAAGGUUGUCGAGAAUGGUGUUGAGAUCACCCCUGAGGUCGACCCCUCGUCGGGAACAAUCAGCCACCCCAAGCCUUUCAAGUGCUCUAUUAAGCCCCGUUCCGCAAAAGCCCUUGAACUUAUUCAGCAGGACGCUAACUAUUGAUUGCACAAAGAUGUGCGAGAAAUACGUAUCGGCUGCAUGUCCUGGAAACAUGGAGGGUAAAGGUUGCUCGACAUUGACACAAUCUAGCUAGUUACAGGAAAGUCACUAAUUGGUCACCAGCAGCGUCGAGUCAGCCUUCAGCGGCACAGGCAGAAACGAGCCAUGUGGCAGAGGCCAGCAGCACCUACAUCUCCUAGACAAUCACAGAAUGAAUAUGAUUGUUCCUUCCUACUAUGAGCAGCACGCAAACAAUACAGGCGGAGCAAUAUGAAUUUCUCAAGCUGCAUUGCAAUUGCAAAGAUUAGAUUCCGAUAGAGCGAAGCCAAUCCUGAAUGCAUCCCAUGUAUCCUGAACAAUCAUCA